GCACAAAAAAGCCACAAUCCAUCCGAUAAAUAAACCAUGAAAGCAGCAAGUAUGGAAUAAUUGACUCAGCAAGACACUCAUAGCACGAAAACUAAAACGCGACUUCACGAAUCAACGAAUGAGGGAAGAAGGAGAUACGCACAUCAGAGGCGUUGCUGAUGAGCUCACGGAGGAAGAUCUCCGCGUUGCUGUGGGAGUCGUCGAUAAUCAAGGUGAGCAACUGGUUGAUCUCAUCGAGGAAAUCAAACGUCUCAGCGUCCGCCGUGGAUGGAUUACGCUGGUUGGUUUCUACUCUGCUUAUUUGGUUGCUGAGAAGGUUAUUGUUACCACAAAGCACAAUGAUGAUGAGCAGUAUGUAUGGGAAUCUCAAGCUGAUGGGUCAUUCACUGUCACCAGGGACACCUCUGGUGAGAACUUGGGCAAGGGUACCAAGAUCACACUUUUCCCCAAGGAGGACCAGCUUGAGUACCUUGAGGAGCACCGUCUCAAGGACUUGAUUAAUAAUUACCCUGAGUUCAUUAGCUACCCAAUUUCUCUGUGGGUUGGGAAGACUACUAAGAAGGAGAUCUCAGAUAACGAGGAUGAGGAAGAAAAGAAGGACGAGGAAGGAAAGGUUGAGGAUAUUGAUGAGGACAAGGAAAAGGAGAAGAAAAAGAAGAAGAUCAAGGAGGUUUCUCAUGAGUGGCGUUUGGUGAACAAGCAGGAGCCCAUCUGGACGAGGAAGCCUGAGGAGAUCACAACCGAAGAAUAUGCUGCUCUCUACAAGAGACUUACCAAUGAUUGGGAGGAGCACUUGUCUGUUUCUCUGUUAAGGGCCCUUUUGGGUUCAGGGCUAUCCUUUUUGUUCCCAAGAGAGCACCCUUUGAUCUCCUUGACACCAGAAAGAAGCAAACCAACAUUAAGGUGUAUGUACCCCAUGCCUUUGCAAAAUAAGAUCUUGAAGGUUAUUUGUAAGAACUUGGUGAAGAAGUGCAUUGAGCUCUUUUUUGAGAUUGCUGAGGACAAGGAAGACUACAACAAGUUCUAUGAGUCAUUCUCUAAGAAUCUCAAGCUUGGUAUCCUUGAGGAUUCCCAAAACAGGACUAAGAUUGGUGAAUUGCUCAGUUAUUACUCUACCAAGAGUGGUGAUGAGAUGGCCAACUUGAAGGAGUAUGUAACCAGGAUGAAGGAGGAGCAGAAUGACAUCUACUACAUCACAUGUGCGAGCAAAAAGGCUGUUGAGAUUUCUCCAUUCCUUGAGAAGUUGGAGAGGAAGGGAUACAAAGUCCUAUCCGUGGUGGAUGCUAUAGAUGAGUAUACAGUUGGUCAACUAAAGGAGUUUGAGGGUAAGAAGCUUGUUCCUGCUACCAGGGAGGGUCUGGAACUUGAUAAGGGUGAAGAUGAGGAGGAAAGGAGUGAAGCUUUUACAGAGACGUUGGGGAAAUUUUUCAAGGGGAUCAAGGAUUUUUUGGCCGCUAAGGUGGAGAAGUUGCUGCGUUGUGUUGUAAUCCGAGGAUGUGAAGUGGCUUUGAACAGAUGCCUGGAUUAUGCUGCUGAGUUGCUUGUUGAGGUCGCGAUUGAGAGACUGGAGGGCCGCGUUCUCAUGACGGAGAGAAUUGGCUUCUUUUGUGGCUUUACGGAGACGUGUCAGGCAGAGGUUAUGGCGGUUUAUCAUGUCUUAGUGCUGUUGCAUGAGGAUGCGGGGGUUGUAGAGAGGCAAAAUGGAUGAGUUGGAUGGGGAGGUGGAGGGGGAGGGGUAAACAGUAUCGUUUUGUUGGUUCUGGCCUUCGGUGCCAUGGUCGCGAUGGGCCUUAGAGGAGUUAUCGUUUUGCAUUUGCAGAUUUCAGUAGAACUGGAUAGCAAUCAGAGCAGAAAAAGAUUAGACAAUAGCAAAAUACUGAAAAUGCAAGUAUCCAGAGAAUAAAGACAGAAAUUUCCU